CUUAUUAGUAAGCAAAUGCUUGUUUUGACAUUGAAAUUUAUAACUGAUUGGUGCUAUGUUUGACAAUGAAACUGAUAACUUAGUGAUGAACUUUUUGACAUUGAAAUUUAUAACUGCCAGUGCUUGUUUUGUCUCAGAAAUUGAUAACUUGGUGUUAAACACUUUGACACAGAAAUUGAUGACAGGAUGGUGCCUUUGUGAUAAUUGAAUUGAUGACUGAUAUGUGUUUGUUUCGACAUAGAAUUUCCAAAGUGAAUGGUGCUUAACUUGACAUUGAAAUUAAUAACCGUGUGGCUGCACAUUGCCAGCGAGUUCCGGCGACAGUUGCCUCGAAGGAGCGUGCAUGGAACCCCGCUGAAGGACUUUCUCUUCUUUAAUUAGCGCCUUUGGAUCGGCAGACCACUGGGCGAAGGACACCGGCGCAGGAUUCGGCGUGCAAGGAUUUCGAAGAGCGCCGCCAUGACCACAUUCGCCCGCCGCUGGAACCUGGACUCGCAGCUGCUGGUGGCCAUCCAGAACAACGACGUCCCGCGCGUGCACAAGCUGUUCCAGGAGGGCGUCGACACGGACACCAGGUUCUCCAUCAACUCGCAGCAACGGCCCGCGCUCUGCCUCUGCGUCGAGAACAAUGCGCAGGAUAUGGUCCAGUUGUUUGUGGAGCUGGGAGUGAGCAUCAACCAGGGUGACUCUCAGGGACUGACUGCACUCCACAUAGCCUGCUCCCACACCUACAUCCAUCUGGCAGGCCUGCUGAUCAAAGCCAGAGCUAAUGUCAACGCCCGCACACACCAGAACCACACACCUCUCCAUUUAGCAGCUAUGAGAGGAAAUAGUGAGCUGGUGGAAUUGCUUCUGUCCCAUCGUGCAAGUGUAGACACCUUGGAUGAUGACAAUCGCACAGCCCUCCAUUAUGCUGCUGCCUCAGGCAAUGCUGAUUUGGUGGAGUUGCUGCUAUCUGCUGGUGCUGACCCUUCAUUACUUGACAACAUGGGCAAUACACCCUUGCAUUAUGCUGUGGACGUGAGUGGAAUGCCAGCUCAUGUUGUGCGGCAAGUUGGCUUCUGCUCACCCACCUGCUGUGGGAAUAACUAACCGCAGCACUGAGACACCCCUUCACAUUGCUGUCCGUAAUGGCAGAUGUGAUGCAGAUAGUGUUCUGCAAGCAGCAUUAGAGUAUGGAACAAAGGAGGCCUUGAAUACUAAGACUUCCUUGGGUCACACUCCCUUGCACCUUGCUGUCCUUGAUCACCGUAUCAAUCUCCUUCGAAUCCUGCUGACAGCUGGUGCUGACACAGAUACAGAAGACCAUCUGGGGCAUACACCUUUGGGGUCAGCAGGGAGGGAUGCCACCUGGGGUGCUGUUGUUCUUCUUCUUGCUGCUGGGGCUCGUACUAAGCGCCUCAUUCAUGGCGGCGUGAUUGAGAGUGAAGUACAGGACUCGGGAAUACGAGCACUACUUCAUGACGCUAUGAGACAGCCCCCAAAACUGUCGAGUGUGUGUCGCCGAGCACUCACACUUCACUUAGGACCUGCAUCUCUCUUGGCCCUGUCCAAAACCACUUUCCCUACCACAUGGCGGGACUUUCUCACAUACAAGUCAGUCAACAUCUAGAUCUGCUCCUGUGCUCAUUUUACCCUCAGUUAUUCUGCAUAAGGAUUCCCAUUGUAACCAAUGUCAUCAGUUUAGUGCUAUAGAGAUUUUGCUUUCUAUGUGAAAUAUGUGUUUGAAGUAUCUGUCUCUACAAAAUUAACUAAAUCAUACUAGAUUUAAUAUACAUGUUAAGGUAAUGAUAGGGUGUUUUUUUAUGGAAGUUAAAACAAAAUAUUUUUGAAAUAUUAAUGUCUACUGUAAGCAUUUUAUUUAUUUAAUAAUUUAUGUUCAAAGUAAUAAUACUCACUGCAUUGCAAUAUUUACCUCAAAGUGUAGUGUCAAAGACUUAGAAAAUGGACAUUUCUUUUUAUGUUUCUGAGAUAUUAGUGGAAGAAUCUGUUAUUGUUUUAUACCUGUAGCAAUAAUGAAACUGGAGAUAAGGAAGAUAAAGAGGGAUAUGUGUAGUUUGAUUUUCAUGGCAGUAUUGAUACUGUAACAUUGAUUUUCGUAGCACAAAUGUAGCACAUAAGUUGUAAUAUAUUCAAUAUUAGUGAUGGGGGGAUGAUGUUAAAUUAUUUUCUUUUUCUACUGGAUAAAAUUAAGUCAACUUAAUUUGUCAAGAUCUGCCUCCAAUUUAGAAUUUCUAGAAAUGUGAACUCUGAUAUUUGAACGUAAAUGAUCUGUUGAGAACAUAAACCUGUGCUCAGUUUUUUUAAGAUCUGUCUUAUGCAGUGGAUAUUACAAGUCUGUCCAUUAUAUGUAAGUUGAUUUAUGAACUAGAAUAUUUAAGGAUUUGCCCUGUGAUUUACAUGGUACCAAAAUAUAAUUUUGUUCCAUGAUAUAUAAUUAAUAAUGUAAGUAUCUUGCAGGUUGAUGGUUUUGCAAAAUGUCUCAUUGACUGUAAAAAAAAGUAUGCAUUAAAACAUUUCUAAAACAAUUAUAGAAUGCUAGUAAUUUUUGGAGCAGUCCCACAUUAAAUUGUAUCCAAAAAGUAACUGAUUUUGAGAUCUUUGUAUACAUGAACUCUGUCUCGCAAUUCUUGUGCUUUCAGUUGACGUCAUGAGAAGAAAAGAUCUGUAAACUUCAGGGCAUUAUUCUCUGUACUUUGUGAUCGACUGAGAGUUGUGAUAUUAUUGAUGCCGAAGGAAGGCAUUGUUGUUGUGCAUGUUAUAUUUAUUUCACCUUUUCAUAUUUCCAAUAAUCAUAUUGUUAAUAUUGUUACUUUGUUUUUUUCUAUGAUAUUUUAUUCACUCAAAUGCAUAUAGACUCACAUGCACAUGGACACAAACGCACAUGGACUCACACACACACAUGUAUGCACACGCACCCACACACCCAUCCACCCCCCACACACAAAGAUAGAUUGACAUGAUGCUUAAUGACCAUUUAUAAUACUUCAGCAUGAAGUAUUAUAAUGUAAUGAAAAAAACAUAAAUAAGUGUUUUACCUCAGAAAACUACAAAAAAAAGUUUUUACUGCCAAUGUUAUAUUUAUUAAGCUGGAAUAAAAAAGAUAUAUAUA